AUGGCCUGGAAAGCACAUUUUGGGAACUGUGAAGUCAGCAUCCACAUUCAUGAACUGAGAGACUAUUUUAACGAAAUAAGGCACACAAUCAAUGAUGACGACCGGAAUCUAAAAGUUCAAAUAUUAAAGGACCAUAUCCUGCUCAAAGUCAAGCCUUCUGAAAGCUGUUGUUUCCUGCGCCACACGCUACGCUUCUACGUGGAGAAAGUCUUCAGCCAUUACACCGCCAGCAACUCCCAGAUUAGGAGGAGGGCAAGUGGGCUUGCUAACUCCUUCCUCACAAUAAAAAGAGACUUGCGACAAUGUCAUGCUCUUCAGCUUUGCAGCUGUGACGAUGGGUCCAGGACCAGGCUUGAGGAAAUCCACAGCACCUAUGAAAUGUUGGAUGUCAAAGUAGCCGCAGUUAAAGCCAUCGGUGAGCUGGACUUCCUCCUGGACUGGAUUGAAGGACAUCAGUAUAACUGAAACGUCUGUGGAAAUUAAACACACAUCCACUUCUUUUCUGUUAUUUAACUAAACAUGGAGAUUGUUAUCAUACAGUUCAUCACUCUGAAUGCUAAAUUAUUAUAUUUAUUUGCUGUGUAUAUUAUUUAAUAUUGAAUAUGCAAAUGAUACAAUGCAGUAUUUGGGGAAAAUUUCUCAGACACAUUUUUUUAUCAAAUAAAUUUAUUGGAAAAAAAUGAAAGAUGCUUGCUGGUCAUUUUAAUUGCAUCCAUCUAAUGUCUACCUGAAGCUGCUCAUUUCAUUUUAGCAUGACGUCCCACAAAGAAGAAGCCGACUGUGGAAGAUUAUUGGAGGGGAAAAAACUGUUUCAGACCCUCCUCAUGUGCUGUGGGACAUACGAGGCUAGCUGAGGAGUGACGUAGCGCUGAUAACUUCGUCUAAAUAUAUAAACUAGAAUGACUGUCUGUCUGGCCAUCUAUAUGUUCCCUGUACAAUCCUACACCCUUUGACUGCUGUAGACCAAAUUUUGCAUAGUUGAUCUUUUACACCUUAUGCACAAGACAGACUACUUUGGAACCGAAAAUGU